CGUCGUUGAGAGAGCGAGUACACGAGCGCCGAGUUCGAAUUCCGCGCACGCGCUCGGGCGAGCUGCUUAGCAAGGCGGGUGACGCCGGGUUUCGGCGGUGAAGGAUUCCGAUGCGCCAUCUCGUCCUUCAACGUUUCUAUGCCGGCGGCAAUUGGGAUUCUCGCAUUACCUGCCUCCAACACCACCAUUCCCGGACUAACACCACCAUCACCAUCACCACCUUCUCCUCCACCCCCGGACCCUUCCUCCCGGCCUAUUUUCGGCCGAAGAGCUAGACAUAUUGCGUCAAAAGACAAGCGACAUAACCGUACGACUGGGACGAUGACGACUGGGACGAUGACGACUGGGACAAUGCGAAUGAGCCGUUCACGCUUUACCGCUUCACUUUUCCUGGUAUUUCUACCCACGGAACACGACAUUUGUCUGCCCGGCAAGCCGUGGGCUUUGGCUGCUCCGACUUGGACAUCUCCAAGGAUCCCGCUUUCGAUUGAGAUACUGCUCAAAGAGGAGACCUACUUCCCCCAAGACCAGCAGUGGAUUCGUCGAAACUUGGCGAUGAAGCAGUUUGUCCUCGGAAGCCAUCGCCCUAUAAGGAAAGAACCCCAACCCACACACACGACCAGCGGGCCAAGACCUCACUCCUUUGUCAUGACCUCUCACCCGCUGGCCCAAGCACUCCGUCAUGUAUAUAAGCAGUGGCCCUCGUCCCAUUCCUUUGAGAGGGCCAGGUUGAAGUCUCACACCAAUACCAGUCAUUGCUCGCUCCACUCAUUGCCCACAUCGUGACCACCUUGAUCAGGCGUACCUGCCCUCUCUUACACGGGCGUAGCCAGGUUGUCGAUAUGCGAUGAGCACUCUAUUCAAUCAGUACCAAAAGGGAGAAGCAAGCAACGUAUUACAAACCACUCGAC